UGGAACACCAAGGAUGUCGAGAGCAACAGCGAAACUUGAUUUGUACGAAAUGGAGACAGAAAUCUCCUCCAAAUUUCAAAAGCUUAUGGAGCCACAAAGAUCUUUCCGAGGUAUUCAAGGCGCCAUUUCGAAGAUCAACCCGCAGCUUCUCAAGAAUUUAAUUGACUCAGGGACUGCGUCUGCCGAAGGAAAUCGGGAGGAACACCUGUUUCCAUCGCAGUCCACUUCCACCGGAAAUCAGAGUUUUGUUUCGACUUUACCUGUUCUCAACCUGAUUCUUAGGCCUACUUCUGAAAUUUCUCAAGAAAAUGCUCCAUUGACGAUUUUCUAUAACGGAACCGUCUCCGUAUUCAAUGUUCCUUGUGAUAAGGCUGAGAGAAUCAUGAAACUUGCGGAAACCGAAUCGUCUGAUCUGAAACUCGUAGUUUCUUCGAGCCAAGGAGCUCAGGUGCUCGAUAAUCUUAAAGGAGACAUGCCGAUAUUUCGAAGGAAGUCUCUGCAGAGGUUUCUCCAGAAGCGUAAGGAAAGAUUGACUUCGGUGUCGCCUUACGAAUCAGUGGGAACCUGUGGUGGACGGGAAGAUAAGGAUUCAGUUCGAGCUUAGUCAAUAUGUUUUACCUAGUACACAAUUCAUCACUUUUAUCAAAACUAGAUCAUAAGUACUGAUCCAAGUA